AUGUCAGAUUUUAUUGCUAGUGCUGUUACUGGUGAUGGUGGCAUGCCACCAAUACCAUCCACCUAUUAUGAAAACUUUUUAGAAAGUUUGGCGCAAAUUUUCUCCAAACUACUCACUGACCAAGAAACAGAAACUGUUAUAUCCUCGAUUCGCACAUUUCAAGAGAAAUUAAAGCGUUUAAGCAGCCAUAAUCUGAAUAGACUCAACCUGGACAUCACAGCAGCUGAGAAGACGAGGCCUCAUUUAUGUCGUCAUGAAGGAAAAACAUGUACUCAAAAUUGCACUCGAAGUUUCAUCAAGACAUUUACGGUGGCAUUUGUCGUGAAAUAUUUGAUUGGUAUCCUGCCUACACUGCUGUCUGGAAAGAUAUUAACGAGGCCUGGCGUACUAAAGCAAAUGGCGGGAAGAGAUACAGCGAGUUUUGCACUAUUCCUCAGUACAUUCAUCAGCAGUUACAAAGGCAUCCUUUGCGCUAUGAGACAUUUUAGAAAGACAAGUGAUAGAAAAUCGGAUCGAUUGAACGCAUUUGUUGCAGGUAGUUUAGCUGGGUUAGCUCUUGCUUUUGACAAAGACAAGCAACGAAGACAAUCCAUCAUGCUCUAUUUGUUUACAAGAGCACUUCAAUUCAGUGGCGCGUGGCUGAUGAAGCAAUGGGCACUCAAACGCAAUGAAGACCAUCCAGGGGAGAAGAAGUGGGACGAUCAUUUGGCCAAAUGGAUCGCGAGAUUCUCGGGUGUUGGUGUCAUGAUGAUUGCCAACGCACAGAUCAUUUAUGCAUUCUUGUUCAACCAUGAUACAUUGCCUAGAUCCUACUUUGCCUUCCUUCUGACGCACUCUGGAUUCAAAAAGAACUUUGGUGGUAUGGCUGCUCGUAUAGCUGAAGCUGUAGGUAUCACUGUCAAUCAUUUGGUCGAAGAUGAAGUCAAUAUCAAGAUUCCCGAGGGUCAAUCCAGCCGCGAUUUUAUCUCUCAGUUUGUCAGCCCUAAUAUUGGCAGCGCUAUUCAUCCCAAAAUGAACCACAAGUACAUCAUGUGCGCUAUCCAGCAUCCUCUGAACGAUAAUUGUGCAACUGACAAGUUUGGCUUGUUCAGAGAUGAAUUAUUGCGAUCUCUCAAGCUCUAUGUUCCCCUGAAUGUCAUCAUGCUGGCUGUUUUUAGAUCAAAACAAUUAACCGUCGAUCCUAAAACAGUAAUGCAGAAAUUCACAAUUUCCUGCUUACGAUCCGCAUUGUUUCUGACAAUGUAUGUUGUUAUGGGAUUAUCUACGCCUUGCUGGUUGCGUAGAUUGACAGGCACAGAUAAGCCUUGGAUCUAUGCUGCUACUGGUGCAGUGGCUGGUAGUAUGGUAUUCAUCGAGGCUCCCGGCCGACAAUUAGAACUUGGAUUGUACUGUCUUCCAAGAGCAUUAGAAUCUUUAUGGAAGACCUUGAUCAAGAACGGACAAGUCAAGAAUAUACCGCAUGGCGAUAUUCUUUUGUUCAUGGCUUCCAUGGGUACAUUGAUGACACUAUACCAAAAUGACAAGGAUACAAUUAGCUCCCAUUACUUGAGUGUCAUGACACGAUUUUUCGGACAAAACUAA